AUGACUGACUGGUCAUCAUCUUUCACCAAUUCGUGCCAAGGCAGCCUUAGCAAAGUUCAUCCCACGGUCAUUGUGUCCAAACCGGUUUGUCGGCAGGCUCAUCAACAUCACAUGUGGCUUUGGCAGCGGUACUGCGGUCAAGGGGCAGCCAAGCUGACCAAGGACACGACGUUAGCAAUGCUGGCCGGCGUUAUCUGCACCUUCCCCCCACGUGGGGGCGUGGGAAGCAUCACUGUGAGGGUUGAGGACUUGAUGCAGCUACAGCCCGAUGAAAUGCUGAAUGACACGUGCAUCGAAUUUUUCCUGAAACAUAGGUUUGCAUGGGGUCCUUUGUUUGAUGGAACACUGCUUGAGCCCACUUCCAGGUACAUCGAGAGCCGCUUGUCAGCAGACGUACAGCAGCGAUUCCACAUCUUCAGCCCCUUCUUUUUCACAAAGCUGCUAGAGAAGCACAGUGGCUUAGCCGGUUGCACCUUGAUUGCUGAGGAGGAUCACAACCUGGUGAAGAGGUGGACCAAGAACGUGGACCUGUUCAGCAAAGACUACAUUGUCGUGCCCAUCAAUGGGCAACAACACUGGUCGCUAGUAAUUAUUUGUCAUCCUGGCAGCAUCGCGACAUGGAUUCAGGAGAACCUGCUACCUGCAGUGGGGGCACAGCAGGCAUGUGGCGUUUUGCAGGAUGCUACAUGUGUCAAGCCCCUCAUGCUGCACCUGAACUCUAUGGAAGGAACACACGAUUCACAAGCCAUCUUUGCGGUGCUGCGCGGCUACCUUGCACUUGAGUGGCAGUGCAAGAUGACAGAUGAAGGGCUGGAUUCGGUACCACGUAGCUGCAAGGAGAGACUCGCUGCAGCUGACAUAAACAUGCCUGAUUUCGGCUUGUACUGGAGUGAGGUGCCUGGCACCAGCAUGGCUGAACGCAUCCCAAGCCAAAAUAAUACGGUAGACUGUGGGUUGUUCCUGCUGUGCUACGUGGACUUCUUCAUGUCGGCAAACCCACGCUGUGUUUUGAGCAAAGGGAGUUCUGCUCCAGAUGUGCGUGCGCUGGACCCUCGACCUGAAGCCGCGGAUGCAAGCACAUUCAUGUGCAAGACCUGGUUCCUACCAAGUAAUGCUUCUCUGCUGCGUGACUACAUGCGUGUCCGUAUUAUGAUGCUCAUGUCGGACACCCUGCCCCCGGAAGACAAGCGCCGUGAAGUACUCGGGUUCCUUGUGGAGGAGUACAACAAAAAACCCGAGGAAAUUGGCCAGCGUUAUCUGCACCCCGUGGAGUACCUUGAGAAUCUCCGCAAAGCUGCUGCUCAUGCAGCUGUUUUGGAUGCUUCAUGA